CUGCGUGCGCCUCAGUCCGCAGCAGUGUUCUGACAGGUUUGGUCGCGUUCUCUCGUCGGGUGCACGGUGCGCGAAACGCUUCUAUACAGUAUCGUGGUAACGGGAAGUGCGUUUCGUCAAGAGCCCCGGGGCCCUCGUUGCAUCGCGUCGUCGGGCAGUCGUCGCAGGCACAGAACCACCGUGCGUGAUAUUCCAGCAGCCGUGAACGUCGCCGUCUCGUCUCUUUCCGCGUAGAAUCUCGGGGGAAACAGCACGCGCGUACACACUCCGCCGGACGGCUAACGCAGAAUGGCGGAAGCCCAUUCGGCCGUAGCGUUUAGCUUCUCUAUAACACACGAAGGAUGGGACGUAAACUUCGAUCGAGAAGUGCUCCACUUGGUCUGGCUCUCUGGUGUUCGAUCGUGGAAGAAGAGAUUCUUCCGGUUUCAGAACAAUUUGAAAAGUGGCGUUUAUCCGGCUUCUCUAGAAAGUCUAUGGGUCACUGUAAUUUUAGUAACGGCGAUACACUUUGCUGGUUACAAGGUCCCGUAUGACCUAGUUGGGAAAGUUUCGCCAUAUAUUUCUGGGUCCUCGAUACUCGCACACCUGGCAGGCUCCUUCGUGGUUGGGCUGUUUCUAUGGCUGGCAGUCAUAUACGCGAUUCGGUAUACGUUGAAACUGUUACUCUUGUACAAAGGAUGGAUGUAUGAGUCGAGAGGCAAAGGUCGCAAGCCGUCCAAGUUAACCCAAGUCUGGCUGUUACUGGUGAAAUUGUUCUCAGGUUGGCAUAGGCCUAUGCUCUACAGUUUCCAAGGAUCACUGCCACGAUUGCCGCUACCGACAGUACCUGAAACUAUGACGAGGUAUCUAAAGAGUGUACGGCCAUUGCUCGAUGACGAGAAUUACGCUCGCAUGGAAAAGCUGGCCAACGAGUUCCAGAAUGGUAUCGGAGUCAAAUUGCAACGUUACUUGGUUUUAAAGUCUUGGUGGACCACCAACUAUGUGUCUGAUUGGUGGGAGGAGUAUGUCUAUUUGCGCGGAAGAUCACCUCUAAUGGUCAACUCAAAUUUCUAUGGAAUCGACGCCAUCCUCUCGCAUCCUACGAACUUGCAAGCCGCGCGAGCCGCAGCCGUAAUAUGUUCCUGCUUACAAUAUAGACGUCUUAUCGAACGCCAAGAGUUAGAACCGAUUCUAGUACAAGGAUUAGUACCAUUGUGUUCUUGGCAGUAUGAAAGAGUAUUCAACACUACACGAAUUCCAGGAAUUGAAUGUGACAAAAUCGUGCAUUAUCAAGAUGCUAAACAUAUUGUAGUAUAUCAUAAAGGCAGAUAUUUCAAAGUUUUAAUUUAUUAUCGAAAUAGAAUUCUUCAAGCCUGCGAGAUAGAACUUCAGAUUCAACAAAUUUUGGACGAUAAUUCAACACCGUCGGAAGGAGAGGAGAAAUUGGCUGCUUUAACAGCUGGCGAAAGAACUGCCUGGGCGCAGGCCAGGAAAGACUUCUUCGCGAAAGGUGUAAACAAGGCUUCUUUGGAUAUUAUUGAGAAGGCUGCAUUUGUGGUUGCAUUGGACGAUGUACCUUAUGAAUACGAUCCAAAGCAUCCAGAAAAGUUGGACAAUUAUGGUAGAAUCCUAUUACAUGGAAAAGGACAUGAUCGAUGGUUCGAUAAAUCUUUUACGCUGUGCAUUGGAAGCAAUGGCAGAAUUGGCUUCAACGCAGAACAUUCUUGGGCAGAUGCUGCAGUCAUGUCACACCUGUGGGAGUACAUAGUAUGUUCGGAAUUUCUGGAUCGACAAUAUAAGGACGGACAUAAUGCGGGCACUCCGGAUUUUGCACCUCCAGCUCCAACUCGAUUGCAAUGGGAUUUAAAUACUAAAUGUAUCGAAGCAAUUGAACAAUCCUACAAGGUAGCGCACAGUAUAUUAAAUGAUGUCGAAUUACGUGUUUAUGUGCACGAUGCUUAUGGUAAAGGUUUGAUGAAAGCUAAUUCCAUAUCACCAGAUGCUUAUAUACAAAUGGCAUUGCAAUUGGCAUAUUACCGCGAUGCUGGCAAAUUUAAUUUAACUUAUGAAGCUUCUAUGACGAGACUGUUCCGAGAAGGUAGAACAGAAACAGUUAGACCAUGCACUAUUGAAUCUUCUAAAUGGGUUAAAGCUAUGGAAGACAAAACGAUGACGGUAUCAGAAAGAGUCAGGUUGUUAAUGGAUGCAGUAGAAAGACAUCAAAGAAGUUACCAAGAUGCUAUGUGUGGUAAAGGAAUAGAUAGGCAUCUGUUCUGUUUAUACGUAGUAUCCAAGUACUUAGAAGUAGAUUCACCAUUUUUGAAGGAAGUUUUAAGUGAACCAUGGAGAUUGUCAACAUCACAAACGCCACAUGGUCAAACUUCAAGAUUGGAUUUGAAGAAAUAUCCUAACUGCAUUUCAGCUGGUGGUGGAUUUGGUCCUGUGGCCGAUGAUGGUUAUGGCGUUUCUUAUAUAAUUGCGGGAGAAGACCUUCUAUUUUUCCAUGUUUCUAGUAAACGAUCUUCGUCAAAAACGAAUGCCGCUAGAUUUGCAAAGCAAAUCGAAAAAGCACUUGGCGAUAUGAAAGACUUGCUGGAACAAAAGAAGAAAAUACAUCAGAACGGAUCAGCGUAACUUAUUCAUUACCUGUAGCAGUCGUCGUAUGCAAAAAUAAUUAAUUAUAGACCGCAAUGAAGUGAAAUUUAUAACGCCAAAUAACUUUUUUGGCUUAUGGAAGGAUUUGAUAAUGUAAACAUAAUUUAAUGCUUAAAAUAUAAUUUUCUUAAGUUUUUCAUAGGCAAUUAUUUUAGUAGAUAAAGGUUAUAGGACAAAAUAACGGGCCCAAAAUUCAAGAUACGUUAUAGACAUUGCACAUAUAGAAAUAGAGUUUUAUAAAAUCAUUUCACAUUUGUCGUAUGUGUGUGUGUAUAUAUAUAUAUAUAUAUAUAUAUAUAUAUAUAUAUAUAUAUAUAUAUAUAUACAUAUCAUUUAUCUUAAAUAUCAUCUUUAUCAUUAAAUAACUGUUUAUAAACUGACAAUUUACGCGUGAUUAACAAUGUUGCACAGGAAAAUGUGCACAAAAGUACAAGUACCAAAUCUCAAUUGCUUAUGCAAAUUUAAAAAAAAAAACACUUGACAUUACUAUACAGGAAGCUAAAAAUUGAUUGCAAAUCUCAUUACUUAUUGAAACUGUUGACAAUUUUCACACAUGUGAUAUAAACAAAAAUGUUAUCAAAGUUAAAACCUUUAGAUAUUGGUAACACUGAAUUUUGUAAGAUUUACCAUAAAACGCAUAUUAUCACAUUGCAUAUCUACUGUAAGUAUAGAAGCGAUUUAAUAAUUUUAUUAUGCAUAUAUAUAUCUGUACUAUAUCCUAAUUUAGCAGCAAGGAGUGAUUUGUAUGCAAUGCAAUUUACGUAUAUAAGAAACGAUGUUUUUCUCCAUGAAUAUACACAAGUAGAUAAGUAUUGUUUGUAUCUUAAUAUAAAGAGACAUCUCGAUCUGUAUGAUCAGUUUUGUCAAUUUAAUAUCCAAUGAGAUAGGGAUGAGUAACUACGAAUAUGUGAUUACUUCGAUUUCUUUUUUAAGCAAAUGUUUAAGCGAUGCCAUAUAUUGAUAUGUGCAACUUAUCAAUGCAAAAUGUUUUAAUUAUAAGUAAUUACUAAUUGUAAGCAAUUUUAUACUUGGAAGAGCAGCGUAUGAUUACAUUCUUCUAUCUAUCAUAUUUGUUAAAGAUAUAUUUAAAAAUACUGGUGCUUUUAAACCUUGUUGUUAUUCUUCGGUGGUGUUAUUAAACAUUAUUAAGAUAUUUAAAGAGAGAGAUGAAAUCCAAGAUAGGAAUAUACGUAACAUUUUUGUACACUUAAUUUCAUCUUUGUACAUUUACUGAAAGUUCUGAUAAUGAUAAUUGUAAAGAUGUGAAAUUGUACGAUAGAAUUUCAUUUGUUAGCUUUAGGUAACUUUGACAUCCAUUGUACAUAGAACUUUUAUAGAAAUUACAUUAUUAGAUAUUUGCAGGAGAAAAACCUGAAAGAUCUAAAAAAUAUGCUUACCAAUCAAGACAAAAAAUGUAAUAUAUUUAAAUAUUGGCAGGAA